AUGGAGGCAACACAAGCCUGCGCCUGUGACAAACUUACGCAAGAGAAGGAACGCCAUGUAAGAGCCAAUGCGCGGGACUACAAUGACAAGUUCUCUUAUGGCGACAAUCUCAUCAGAACCUCAAAGUACAACAUCUUCACCUUCCUGCCCAUAAACAUGUUCGAGCAGUUCCAGAGGGUGGCCAAUGCGUACUUCUUAGUGCUGUUGAUACUGCAGCUAAUUCCAGAAAUAUCCUCUCUGUCCUGGUUCACAACCAUCGUGCCUUUGGUGUUGGUGCUGGUAAUCACGGCUGUCAAGGAUGCCACAGACGACUAUUUCCGACACAAGAGUGACCAGCAAGUCAACAACCGCCAGUCUCAGGUUCUCAUCAAGGGAAGUUUGCAGAGUGAGAAAUGGAUGAACGUUCGAGUGGGGGAUAUCAUCAAACUAGAGAAUAAUCAGUUUGUUGCUGCAGACAUCCUCCUCCUCUCUAGUAGUGAGCCCUAUGGACUGUGCUAUGUUGAGACUGCAGAGUUAGAUGGAGAGACAAAUCUGAAAGUUCGCCAGGCCUUGGCCAUCACCUCAGAUUUAGGAGAUAUUUCAAAACUGAUGGACUUUGACGGAGAAGUCAUUUGUGAGCCACCAAACAACAAGCUGGAUAAAUUUAUAGGAACAUUAUACUGGAGAGACAAUAAAUACCCCCUGGAUAAUGAAAAAUUGCUGCUGCGAGGUUGUGUGCUCAGAAACACUGAGUGGUGCUUUGGAAUGGUCAUAUUUGCUGGGCUCCAAACCAAGCUGAUGCAGAACAGCGGAAGCACAAAAUUUAAAAGGACAAGUAUUGACAAACUGAUGAACACUUUGGUCUUGUGGAUCUUUGCCUUCCUCAUUUGUAUGGGAGUUAUUUUGGCCAUCGGAAACACUAUCUGGGAGAGUCGGGUUGGCAGAAACUUCCAGGUGUUUUUGCUGUGGAAUGAGAUUCAGAGCAGCGCUGUUUUCUCUGGCUUCCUCACCUUCUGGUCCUACAUCAUCAUCCUCAACACCGUUGUGCCCAUCUCACUGUAUGUCAGCGUGGAGGUCCUGCGGCUCUGUCACAGUUACUUCAUUAACUGGGACCGGAAGAUGUACCACAGUCAGACGGACACUGCAGCCGAAGCGCGCACCACCACCCUGAACGAGGAGCUCGGCCAGGUGGAAUUCAUCUUCUCCGACAAGACCGGCACCCUCACCCAGAACAUCAUGGUGUUCAGCAAGUGCUCCAUUAAUGGACACACGUACGGGGACGUCUAUGAUGAAUUUGACCAUAAGGUGGAAAUUACAGAAAAAACAGCCUGUUUGGACUUUUCCUUCAACCCUCUCCGUGACAGAACAUUUAAGUUCUACGACGACAGCCUGGUUGAAGCCGUUAAACUGGAGGAUCCAGCAGUGCAGGAGUUCUUCAGACUGCUGGCUUUGUGCCACACUGUGAUGUCGGAGGAGAAGCGGGAAGGACAUUUGGUGUACCAGGCCCAGUCACCUGACGAGGGAGCGCUGGUCACCGCGGCACGAAACUUUGGAUUUGUCUUCCGGGCUCGAACCCCCGAGACCAUCACACUGUGCGAGAUGGGACGAGCUGUCACCUACCAGCUGCUGGCCAUACUGGACUUCAACAACGUGCGCAAGAGAAUGAGUGUCAUUGUAAGAAAUCCACAAGGCCACAUUAAACUUUACUCCAAAGGAGCCGACACUAUUAUCUUUGACCGCCUGGAUUCCUCCAGUGAAGACCUUAUGUACACUACCUCAGAGCAUCUCAGUGAAUUCGCUGGAGAAGGGCUUCGAACAUUAGCUCUGGCCUAUAAAGAUCUUGAUGAAAAUUAUUUUGAAGUUUGGAUGAAGAAGUUUCUGUUUGCCAGCACUAUAAUUGAGAACCGUGAGGAUCUGCUGGCCGCUCUCUACGAGGAGAUCGAGCAGGGCUUGAAGCUUCUAGGAGCCACAGCAAUAGAGGACAAACUACAGGAAGGAGUCCCAGAGACGAUUGCCUGUCUAAAUCUAGCCGACAUCAAGAUCUGGGUCCUCACGGGAGACAAACUAGAGACCGCGAUGAACAUCGGCUACUCCUGCAACAUGCUGCGAGACGACAUGAAUGAGGUGUUCGUUAUCUCUGGCCUUACUCUGCUGGAGGUGCAGCAGCAGCUCAGGAGUGCUAAAGAGCAAAUUCUCAGCCUGAGCCGAGUUAGCAGUGCAGGAGAUGUUGGGAGGACAGAUAUGUUUGCAGAUGACUCUGUGUUUGAAGAAACCAUUAUUGCAGAGUAUGCCUUGGUCAUCAAUGGACACAGUUUGGCUUAUGCUCUGGAGCCGCAGCUGGAGCACAUCUUGCUGGACUUGGCCUGUUUGUGUAAAACAGUCAUCUGCUGCCGGGUCACUCCGAUGCAGAAAGCUCAGGUGGUGGAGCUGGUGAAGAGGCACAAGAGGGCCGUCACCCUGGCCAUAGGAGACGGAGCCAAUGAUGUCAGCAUGAUCAAGACUGCUCAAAUCGGUGUUGGCAUCAGUGGUCAGGAGGGGAUGCAGGCUGUUCUGGCAUCCGAUUACUCCUUCGCUCAGUUUCGGUACCUGCAGCGGCUCUUGUUGGUGCACGGACGCUGGUCCUACUUCCGCAUGUGUAAUUUCCUGCGUUACUUCUUCUACAAGAACUUUGCGUUCACGCUAGUCCACUUCUGGUACGGUUUCUUCUGUGGUUUCUCAGCUCAGACUGUUUAUGACCAGUGGUUCAUUACCCUCUUCAAUAUAGUCUAUACAUCUUUGCCAGUGCUGGCAAUGGGACUUUUUGAUCAGGAUGUCAAUCACCAGAACAGCCUUCGCUACCCGAGCCUGUACAAACCCGGCCAACAAAACCUUCUCUUCAACAAGCGCCAGUUUUUCCUGUGCACGCUGCAGGGGAUGGGCACAUCCUUCCUGCUCUUCUUUAUUCCCUACGGAGCCUUCUCUGUCAUGGCAAAGGAGGACGGCUCCCAGUUUUCCGACCAACAAGUGUUUGCUGUCACCAUAGCAACAUCCUUGGUUAUUGUCGUGAGUGUUCAGAUUGGACUCGACACACACUACUGGACAGCUGUCAAUCAUCUCUUCAUAUGGGGGAGUCUCACUGUGUAUUUUGUCAUUUUAUUUGCAAUGCAAAGCAAUGGCAUAUUUGGCAUCUUUACAAGUAAUUUCCCAUUCAUAGGGACGGCGCGUAACUCUCUACCGGAGAAGAGUGUAUGGUUGGUCAUACUGCUCACCACUGUGGUGUGUGUUGUGCCCGGUUUAGCAGUCAGCUUCCUGAGAGUAGACCUCUUCCCAACUCUAACAGACAAGGUUCGUCACCUGCAACAGUCCAGAAAGAGGCAAAGGCCUCAGGAGCAGAACCUGAGGCGAGUACGGAGGACCAGCUCCCGUCGCUCUGCCUAUGCCUUCUCCCACCAACAGGGAUACGGGGAGCUGAUCACGUCAGGCAAAAACAUGAGGGCGAGCACAGUGUCUUCUGCUCGCUCCCCUCAAAGAACGCCGCGCGGCUCCAACUGGGUAGAAAAUAUGCUGAAGAGAAAGAACGAAGUCUCUUGCAUGUCUGAUGAAAGUGCAGGAGCACAAGAAAGCACUGACAGAGCAAUGCGGACUCCAAAGCAACAGCACACAGACUGA